GUUCGGUUGGUGCUAGCCAGUUGGUGGUUGUUUCGAUUCGAAGUGCUUUGCAGAUUGCUAGUUAUUGACGACUGAAAACAUGCGUGAAGUUAUCUCAGUUCAUGUCGGGCAAGCCGGUGUGCAAAUCGGUAACGCGUGUUGGGAAUUGUUCUGCUUGGAACACGGCAUUCAGCCGGAUGGAAAGUUGCCUUCCGACAAACAGGGUCAAAUUGACGACUCGUUUUCGACGUUCUUCUCGGAAACGGGUACCGGACGACACGUUCCCCGUGCUAUCAUGGUCGAUUUGGAGCCUACAGUCAUAGAUGAGAUUCGCACAGGAACAUACAAGCAACUGUUUCAUCCUGAACAAAUGGUCACUGGCAAGGAGGAUGCGGCCAACAACUAUGCUCGAGGCCAUUACACGAUCGGAAAGGAGGUGAUCGAUCUUGUGUUGGACAGAAUUCGCCGUCUCACAGAGAAUUGUUCAGGAUUACAAGGUUUCCUGAUCUUCCAUUCGUUCGGAGGUGGUACUGGAUCCGGUUUCACAUCGUUGUUGAUGGAGCGUCUUUCGGUGGAUUAUGGUAAGAAGAGCAAACUGGAGUUCUCCAUCUAUCCAGCACCUCAAGUCUCGACUGCUGUCGUUGAGCCAUACAACUCAAUUCUGACAACGCACACAACACUCGAACAUUCCGAUUGUGCGUUCAUGGUUGAUAACGAAGCGAUUUAUGACAUCUGUCGUCGCAGUUUGGAUGUUGAGAGACCAUCAUACACCAAUUUGAAUCGUUUGAUUUCGCAGGUUGUGUCAUCGAUAACCGCAUCGCUUCGUUUCGAUGGAGCGUUGAAUGUUGACCUGACGGAAUUCCAAACGAAUUUAGUACCGUAUCCGAGAAUACACUUCCCGUUGGCUACGUACGCACCAGUGAUAUCGGCCGAGAAGGCAUAUCAUGAAUCGUUAUCGGUUGCUGACAUCACCAACUCGUGUUUCGAACCGUGCAAUCAAAUGGUCAAAUGUGACCCACGAAAGGGGAAAUACAUGGCCGUUUGCCUUCUAUAUCGUGGUGAUGUGGUACCGAAAGAUGUCGGUAUCAAUUAUCAACCGCCAACGGUGGUACCAGGUGGUGAUCUUGCGAAGGUGCCGCGUGCAGUUUGUAUGCUCGCCAAUACAACUGCCAUUCAAGAAGCAUGGGCACGUCUCGAUUAUAAGUUCGACUUGAUGUACGCGAAACGAGCGUUCGUACAUUGGUACGUCGGUGAGGGCAUGGAAGAAGGUGAAUUCUCGGAGGCUCGUGAAGAUCUGGCUGCGCUCGAGAAGGACUACGAGGAGGUUGCAAUUGAAUCAUUGGAAGGUGAGGAGGAAGGUGAAGAAUACUAA